AUGAGCUGGCCAGGUGAGGCUUGGCAGGAGGGGCUGCCAGCACGGGCACUGCAGGGGGUGAGGGAGCUAGAGCAGCGCCUGGAGUGGGCCAACAAGGAGCGGGUCCAGAAGCAGGCACAGCUGGACACACUGGAAGCUGCGCUACACAAGCAGAGGCAGAAGCACGAGGAGGAGCGUGGCACAUGGGUGCUGCUGGCUCGGGAGCGGCGAGACCUGGCUGAGGCCUGCGAGCGGCUGGAGUGCGGGCGCCAGCAACUGAGCCGGGAGCUCCAGGCCAAGGGGGCGCAGCUGAACCAGCUGGAGAGGCAGCUGGGCCGGGCUGCCCAGCGCAUUGAGGAGCUGGAGGAGGAGCUGCGGAGGUGCCAGGCAGAGCUGGAUAACCUGCACUCAAGCACCCCCCUGACCCAUUGCUGCCCCCCCCAGAUGAAGUUGCAGCCCAUCAGCUCCACAUUGGGGGAGAAGCCACUCAUGCAUCGAGAGGCUGCCUGGCACAGUGUCCCUCCUGGGGGCCCUGCCCCCCCAGAGAACAGUCAGGGGAUCCCAUCCCCUGGGGAGGAACAUAGAGAGGAGAAUGCAGGGCUGGGGCAUGGCCCCCCUGGCAUGGAGACCUGGGAGUUGAGGGGGGGACUGCAGUCAGUGCAGCGGGAGUUGGCCCAGUGCACAGAGCAACGGGACCAGGCAGUCACUAAGGUGCGUGCCCUGGAACGGCGGGUGCAGCAGCUGUUGGAGGAGCUGAGGGGCCAGAGGCAGAGAGCAGGGGCCAUGCAGCGAUGCCUGGAGCAGCAGGAGAAGGAGCACCGGCAGGAGCUGGCGGAGCUGGAGUGGCACCAUCGGGAAGCGCUGGAGCAGCAGGGUACCUGGUUGGACAUUCCUGUGCCCCCCCACCACCCACCAAACAAGGGCCUGGGGGGAUCAGAGCAGGAGCGGCGCCACCCAGGCUGUGGCCAGCGCAGUCUCAGCAGCUUCCGGCAGGAACGGGCACCCGAGAAACGAGGGGCAGCUGGGAAGGUCAGAGGUUCCUCACCACAGGGUCCCCGAGUUGUGGGCAGGCUGGUGCCCAGUGGGGAGCGGGGCCAGGAGCCGGAGUCCCCCACAGAGCUGCAGGCCCUGAGGGCUGAGGUUUUGGGGCUGCGCCGGCGCCUGGCUGCCUUUGAGAGCCUGCGCAAGGGGCUGCUGGAAACCUGCUGGCAGCUGCGUCAAGGCACCCGGGACCUGACUGGGGAGCGCCGGGCACUGGCUGAGAUGCCACUGGCUCAUGAUGCUGCCAUUCAGCACAAGGAAGAGGCGGAGGAGCUGCAGGGAGCACCAGGGCCCGGCCUGGCCAAAGGGAAUGGGGGGGAACUGCAGGCCCUGGCUGUAGAGUCAGAGGCUCAGGUCUGGGGGGCACCAGGGCCUGGCCUGGCUGAGGGGGAUGCUCAGGAGGUGGGGGAGCUGCAGGUGCUGCGGGGGGAGUUGAGGGCCCUGGCCCUGGGCAAGGCUGAGGCAGAGGCUCAGGCUGCCCAGGCCCAGGAGCGGCUGCGGCGGCUCCAGGAGACGCUGGGGUUGCAGACAGAGCGGCUGGCACUGGCCUGUGAGGCUCAGAGCCAGCAUGUGGCAGAGCUGCUGACCGAGGGGCACGAGCGGGAGCAAGAGCUGGAGCGCCUGGGCCAGGCGCUGCGGGAGGCGGGACGGGUCCGUGAGCUACUGGAGGCUGAGGUGGGGCGGCUGCAGGUGCUGCUGGGUGUGGACACACCUCCCACUGGUUCCCCUGAGCCGCCCCCCAAUGCCCCAAAGCCCGGCCCUGCUGAGCCGCCCCCCACAGCCCCAGAGCCCGGCCCCGCCGAGCCGCCCCCCACAGCCCCAGAGCCCGGCCCCGCCGAGCCGCCCCCCACAGCCCCAGAUGCCCUGGAGUUGGCUGUGGUUAGCAGGAUGUGGCUGGCGAGGAAGCAGGCGUGGCACAGUGCGCGGGCACCGCUGCAGAAUAUCCUGUGGGAGCUACAGAAGCUGGCAGGCCAGGCUGGAUUGCAGGAGCAGCUGGAGGAGGCGCUUUCCCAUCUGCUGCAGGAGAAUCAGGCCCUGCGGGCUGAGCUGGCACUGUGGCAAUCCCACACUCGAGAGGAAUUUCUCCAGACUGCCUGGCUGGGGGUGCGGGAUGCCCAGACCCAGACAGAGGGGCCAGCACGGGGCAGGCGCCACAGGGAGCUCAUCUCGGCGGCCUUCGACCACACUCAGUAUGAGCCCUAUGGGCUGCCUGAGGUCGUCAUGAAAGGUUUUGCCGACAUCCCCUCCGGCCCCUCCUGCCCCUAUGUCCUUCGGAGGGGGCUCCUGGGCAGUACCCCCUUGGCCCAGCUGGCACCCAAAGCUGAGCCAGAGGAGGAUCCCGCUGAACCUGAUAUGGGCACCAGCAUCUGA